AUGGCCAGGAGUGCAUCCCCUGUCAUCAUGCCCCAGCAGACCAAGCUUCCCCUGAUCAAGGCAGAAAUUGCAGUCCUCCAGGCCCACCUAGAGGACUGGAGGUCUGUCAAAGGUAAAGAGCGGCACCAGCAUUUUGAAGGCUGUACACAAGGAAGCUUGCCUUCAAGCUCCCACUCGGGACAAAGCCUUAUUGAAAGCUCGAAAAAAGACUUACAAGGAGUGGUUGUACAACCAAUGCCAGUAGGAAAGCCCCAAAGCCUCUCAUCAAAUAUGGCAAGAAAUGGACAGCUCACCUGUGUAUUAAUUGAGCAGAACAAGGCUCGUAUUCGAGAGGAGACUGGAGAGAUGCCUGGGAGUGAGGCUAUGAUUGUCAAGUGGCCAGAGGCUACCAAGACUAUAAGUGGAACAACGAAGCUGCUCCAGGCUGAAGUCCAGGUCAAUGUUGCUGAAACAAAAGGUGCUGAUAUCAUAGAGCAGUUCGCCACUGAAAUGUUCAAACAGGCAGGGAUGAGGGUCUUUGUGAUGUCAGCAUGGCAGGGACAGCAGAGGCAAACUGAUGUUAGGAGCUUGGAAAGCUUCAUGAAGACAAGGAAUUGGGAUGAGAUAUUCAUGCCAGAAUGGCGGCAAUAUGCUGCAGAACAAUUCGAUGUCCAGGAUGAUGAUGUUCCACAGGUCGUCACCUCCAAGAAACGAAUGCCUAGAAAGCUCCUUGACCUGGAGGAAGAUGAUGAUGGGUUGCCUAUGCUCCCAGAUACCAUGGGUUUGAAGUGCGGCGAACAGCAGCAUGUCAUUCAGGUCGUUCUUGACCAGGCAUUACAGUUGGUGGAUGUCUCAUUCACAGCAUUGACCAGGUCUGAAGGUUUCACAGGGAUGUGCAUGAGAACCGACAAAGUCAAGGCAGCGCUGCCCUGGGGCGACUUGAUUAAGAAUCAAUCAGAUUUCUUCAAUGGCACUUACUGGCCAGUGGACGUACAGGUGGUGGAGCCGUCUAAGAUAGACAAAGCCAAACAAGAAGCUCCGUCCUACCUUCUGUUUCAAAGCUUGGAGAGACACUGA